AUGGACCCCCGGCGCGGAAAGGCCACGCGGACAGCUUCGAAGGCCGGAGCCGCCGCGCCCAAGGCGCAAGGAAUGAAGGGUACCGGGACGGAGCCCAGCGAACCUCCCGCCGCGCUUGGGGCAGCCCGGCCCAAAGCACAGAUGUGCGGCCGGGUCGGGGCCCCUGGAUCCGGGAGGAAGAAGCGUGCCCCGGGCUCUCCCGAGAGACCACCGGUGCGCGCGCGGAAUGCCUGUGCCAAAAAGGCGCCUCUGGGUUCUGAGGACGCGGUGGAGGGGCUGGCGGUUCCGGCGGGGAAGCUGGCGCCUCCUGCGGCCCCGGGGCCGCCCCUUCCCAGGACUGGAUCUUGCCGCGAGAGGGGCGCGCGCGCCCCUCGGGAGCAGAGAACCCUGCCAGAGCCCACGGAGGUCUCCGGCCUCGACCUCGGCCUCGACCUCCGCCUCGGCCUCGGCCCCCUGGUUCCCGCCUCGAGACUCAGGCAGCGCCCCGGCGCCUGGAAGCCCCGAACGGUGCUGGAAAAGUUGAAGCUGAGGCGCCAGGAAAUCUCAGUGGCGGCGGAGAUUGUGAACCGGGUUGUGGACCACCUGCUGCGGAGAUUGCAGAGCUGCGAGUCCGAGUUCCAGGGUGUCUCGCGACUGUGCACCGGAAGCUACUACGAGCGCGUGAAGAUUUCUGCUCCUAAUGAAUUUGAUAUAAUGUUCAAACUGGAGGUCCCCAGAAUUCAGCUAGAAGAAUAUUGCAACAGUGGUGCUUAUUACUUUGUGAAGUUCAAAAGAAAUCCUAAAGGAAAUCCUCUGAUUCAGUUUGUAGAAGAUGAAAUAUUAUCAGCUUCUAAGAUGCUGUUCAAGUUUAGGAAGAUCAUUAAGGAAGAAAUUAAAAACAUUCAAGGUAUUGAUGUCAUUAUGGAGAAGAAGAAGAGGGGGAGCCCUGCUGUAACACUUCUUAUUAGAAAACCCAAAGAAAUAUCUGUGGAUAUAAUCCUGGCUUUGGAGUCAAAAAGCAGCUGGCCUGCUAGCACCCAGGAAGGAUUGCCCAUCAGUCAGUGGCUUGGAACAAAAGUUAAAACCAAUUUAAGGCGACAGCCGUUUUACCUGGUACCCAAGCAUGCGAAGGAAGGAAAUGGUUUUCAAGAAGAAACAUGGAGGCUCUCCUUCUCUCACAUUGAAAAGGACCUCUUGAAAAGUCAUGGACAUUCUAAAACAUGCUGUGAAACUGAUGGAAUAAAAUGUUGCAGGAAAGAUUGCUUAAAACUAAUGAAGUACCUCUUAGAACAAUUGAAAGUGAAGUUUAGACACCGAAAGGAACUGGAAAAAUUCUGCUCCUACCAUGUGAAAACUGCCUUCUUUCAUGUCUGUACCCUGGACCCACAAGACAGUCAGUGGGAUACCAGAGACUUAGAGCUCUGCUUUGAUAAGUGUGUGACAUACUUUCUUGAGUGCCUCAAGACGGAACAACUGAAGCAUUAUUUUAUUCCUGGAUUCAAUCUUUUCUCUCGGGACCAAAUUGACAAAAUAAAUAAAGAAUUUCUAUCACAGCAAAUUGCAUAUGAAAGAAAAAAUGGAUUUCCAGUUUUUUAUGAAUUUUGA